AGAAUAGGAACAUUUUUAUUUGUAUUGUGAAGUCUUUGUCGGGGUUAGAGACAUUGACUUAUAAUAUAUAAGUCUAUGGUUAGAGAUCUAUUUAAUUUUAGUUCGAAUCUUGCUAGAAGCAUUGAAACAAUGUAUUGAUUUAUUUAUACAAUUACUUGUAGAAAUCUAGAUCUAAAUGUGUAUCUUGAUAUAGUAAAUAUAUUCAAUAUUAACAGAUUUGAAUAAAGAGAACUUUCUGGAGAAUGUCUAAUGUUGUUGUAAUUUUCUCUGCCAUCAUUAGUCAUAUCACUGGUAUUGAAGUUAUGUUCCAAUAUGAGGCGAGUGACAACACUGGUGAUCAAAUGCCUGACCAGUUCAAUGUGACUUUUAGCACAGAAACGAAAUUUCUAACCAAAUUCAAUCUCAGGCGUGCGCAGAGUUUUGACGUUGACAUUCCUCUCUAUACUCUCGACAUCGACAGGGAAGGAUUUUUUCAAAGUCGGAAAGUGAAAACUAGACCCAGAAAGGAUAUAGGCUACUACCAUGAUACUAACCACAAGGCCGUGUUUUGUAUUAAAAGGUCACCAGAGACAUUGUCCAACAAUAAUUCUAGAUUUCACUUGAAAGCUGUAUUCCAAAUGGACAACUCCGAAUACCUGUUUGACUCUGAUGACAAAACGCCUAAAAAGCCUUGGAGAAAUCUGUCCCUCGAGAUGUUCUCCAGUCCUACAAGGACUGAAUCUACUACACCUCGCUCAAGGACAACAUUUGACCACUAUGUUUAUAAGUUAGAGUUGCUUAGAAGCACAACAUUGGAUCUGUUUGACACACGAAUACCACCGCCGGAAGUAGAAAAGACUGUUCGAUGGACUGUCAUCAACCAGUCAACAUCUUGGUCAGACCCACCAAGCAGACGCCGCCGAAACACAAUGCGUGACUACUACGUGGAUGAAGUGGUGUUGAUUGACAGAUUACGCUUUGAAUGGUUUCUAGAAAAAGCUAAAAAAGACUAUUACACAGCUAGGCGGAAUAUUCAAGAGCACUAUGCUAUGAUGUUUAGCGGGAUUGACAUGUUUUAUAGAGGCAUCCUCAAUCCACUUUACACGAUUCAUAUUCGUCUGUGCAAAAUAUUCGUCCUUGAGACAACCUAUUCUUCAAGUUUUAUUGACAAGUACGCUUCGGAUGGUAAAUUGAAAAGCCAGGAUGCUCUUGCUGCUCUCGAAAAAUUGUUUGUUGGUCCUGGUCGUGCAAUCAUCGGCUUUUACGAUCACGUGAUACUGUUUACUGGCUAUGACCUCUUUAAAUACGAAAGUUCUGGUGAAAAAGUUUACACAUAUGCAGGUAGCACUUAUGUGGGAACAAUGUGCCGAACAGAUGGGACUGCCUGUGCUGUAAUAGAAGACCACAGAGGACCUGAUAUAAGAAUAAUUGCACAUGAACUAGGACAUAGCCUUUCAGCCAAGCACGACGGGGAUGGCAAUGACUGCUCUAAUUCUGACAGAUACAUUAUGAACAACGGCCUCAACAGAAAACAAACUCCGGAAACAAAAUUUAAUCCAUGGCGAUUCUCUACCUGUAGCGUCAAAUACUUUACAAAAUUUUUGACUGAGAAUCCUAGCAACAGCCGUCGAUACCACUGUCUAGCUUACGCUAUCGAAGCUUCAGCUGACAUUCCAGAUGUAUCUAAUAAACUAUUGGGUCAGUUCAUUAAACCUAAUCAACAGUGUCAACUAAAUUACGGAAAUGCUUCCUACUAUUGCAAGGGUGCAGAAAACACUGAAAUUGAGGACAUAUGUCAUUCAAUGUAUUGUCGAGAUCCCUUGAAUUCUGAUGACUGUAGAUUGAUGGAAGCAUAUAUCGGGACAUCCUGUGGCGAUGGAAAAAUCUGUUUGUAUGGAAAAUGUGUCAGCGUCCCAUACGCUCCACAAGUUGAUGAGACAUGCGUAUUUGGAGACACAAAAGAAGAUUACUGCAAAUCAUUUAUUAGUAAAUUUGUGGGCAACUGUUACCAAAGUAAACACUAUGACCUCUGCUGUGGCACCUGUAACAAUAUGUCUAGACCCAUUAGAGGUUGUGAGUACGGUGAUAAAAAAGAAAAUUGUCAAACAUAUCACUGUGCUAAAGAAAAAGAGACUUGCUGUGGCACUUGUAAUUACGGUACACCUUUUACCCCAAUCACCAGAAGAAACAUAGCAAUGAGACCCACAACAGCAAAACCACUUGUGAUUCGUAAUUCGCCCAAAGUGUAUAGAGAUUGUGAACCUGGAGAUUUAGACUUGAGACCAGACCUGUGUACUAGCUCUAGUGUCUGCAAGAAUGAGUUUUUUCUAUGCUGUGACUAUUGUUCGAGAUUUUUUACACUUCCAGCUAAAACAACCAGGUCACCUUAUGUUUGUAACUAUAACUUUGACAUAAUACCAGCAAUGUGUACUGACAUUAGUGUCUGCCUGACAGGCCGUAAAUGGUGCUGUAACUAUUGCUCACGAAUGGAAAAAAAUGCAGUCACAAUGACCACAGAGAUAACUUCACCUCUAGAUUGUGCCCCAGGAGACUUAGACUUAUUACCAGCACUGUGUACUAACAUUAGUAUCUGCCUGACAAACCGAUCAAGGUGUUGUGACUAUUGCUCGCGAGUUGAGAAUUAUACAGUCACAAUGACCACCGAGAUAACUUCACCCAAAGAUUGUGCCCCAGGAGACAUAGACUUAUUCCCAGCACUGUGUACUAACAUUAGUAUCUGCCUGACAAACCGAUCACUGUGCUGUGACUAUUGCUCACGAGUUGAGAAUUAUACAGUCACAAUGACCACCGAGAUAACUUCACCCAAAGAUUGUGCCCCAGGAGACUUAGACUUAUUACCAGCACUGUGCACUAACAUUAGUAUCUGCCUGACAAACCGAUCACUGUGCUGUGACUAUUGCUCACGAGUGGAAAAUUAUACAGUCACAAUGACUACCGUGAUAACUUCACCCAAAGAGUGCGUACUGGGAGAGCCAGACUUAAAUCCAGAGCUGUGUACUAGCCCAAGUGUCUGCCAGACACAGCCACUGAUGUGCUGUAACUAUUGCUCUUACAAAUCUGGAAGCAUUCUCUCAUUAUACGAUACUUGGAUUUAUCGUUGGUUUUACAUUACAUUUCAUUUUCUGUUUGCCAAAAUAAUUGUAAGCUAAAUAGAUCUAGAAACCCGCUGAUGUUUCUCAUAUUUUGAUAACAGUGCAUAUUAUAUAUUGUUCAUACCUAUUUUUUAUCUUUAUAAUACAGAUUAAUUUUUAUAUUAAUACAACAAUCUCUGCAUGCACAUUUGGGCACCUUUGUAAUUGUUACCAGUUGCCCUAAAAUGUUAAGCAUUGUGGAGAUUUUAAUGUUGUUUUAGUAAACUGUUUUCCGAUUGUUCCAUGAUCAAAUUUCAUAACCUAACUAUCUAAUGUACACGCUGCAUUGAAUUGAAUAAGACAAUGUUUAAAGUAAAGCUACAAUUAAAACCUUGUCAAAA